AUGGCAUCAAACAAACCGCAAAUUGUGGGAUGGAUAGGACUCGGAAGUAUGGGACUUGCAAUGGCCCAAAAUGUCCAAAGGUUCAUCCAACAAGACAUAAAAUCCCAAUUAAGAUUCUGGAAUCGGACAGCAUCUCGCGGUGCGCAACUUGAAUUACUUGGGGCUAUUGGAUGCGAGUCUAUCGCCCAGCUUGUCACCGAAUGUGACUUGAUAUUCAUAUCUACCAGCGAUGAUGCAGCUUUAAAUAGUAUCAUCGACCAAAUAUUGGCUGUCAAAGAUAUUGACGGCAAGUUGUUCGUGGACACCACCACUGUACAUCCUAAUACGACCAAAAAGUCAGAUGAAAAACUAAAGAACCGAAAUGCAUCCUUCGUUGCUGCACCUGUCUUUGGGGCAACCCCAGUUGCGGAAAGUGGUAAGCUGCUGAUGGCGAUGGCCGGCCCAAGCGAAGCCCUUGAUAAAAUUGCACCUUUCGGAAAAGGCGUCCUUGCUCGGGAGGUGAUGAUCGUGUCAGAUGAGCCCGAGAAAGCCACUCUUAUGAAAACUUUGGGUAAUUUUAUUACCGCAGCAACAAUGGAGAUUGUGGGAGAAGCCCAGGUGCUGGCGGAGAAAAGCGACCUUGGCACGGAGAUGCUUGAAAAGUUGCUCGAGCUCAAUUUUGGAGGUUUGAUGCAUUCCAGUUCCAGGCGCAUGACGCAGGGUGUUUAUCUGCCAGAGGAAGGUCAAUCCCCUUGGUCCAACCUGAAUCUCGGUAUCAAGGAUGUUCAGCAUGGCAUCAGUUGCGCCCAAGGUGUCGGUGCGAGACUAAAAGUUGCUGAGGUGGCACUAGAAAAUAUGGUACGGGCGAGGGAGUUCUCGGAUGCACAUGGCGGCCGGCCUUUGGAUUCAUCGUCUGGGUACGGUAUCAUACGUCAAGAUGCUGGCCUUGACUUUGAGAAUACCUUUGUAAAGGAACGAGACACCAGAAAAGAAGAUGGUUCUUCCCAAUAG